AUGACACUGCUCUGCUUUCUACUCUUCUCUCUCUUGCUAGCAGGAACUUCUUCAACUAGAGUGACCCUUGCAGAAGCUAAACGUCCUCCCCCGAAACUCCCUCUGUACCACGUCAGCCAACUACAGCCCGGCCACGGCCAGUCCUUCCUCGACUCACUCUCCCUCGAUGAAACACGCGUCAACUUCCUAAACUCGCGCCUCACCAGCGCAAACAAUCUGACUUCAACCGGACCGAAAUCCGUGCGGGUCCCACUCAACCCCGGCCAGUCCCUCGGCGUCGCCAACUACUACACCCGAAUCGGGCUGGGGACACCCCCCACGACCCACCUAGUAGUCGUCGACACGGGAAGCUCCUUCUCGUGGAUUCAGUGCCAGCCUUCGAAUCCAGCGUACAAGUUCACGCCGCUGGUCUCCGACCAGCGGGACCCGACGCUCUACUUCGUGAAGCUGUCGGGCGUGUCGGUGGGCGGCAGGCCGCUCGGCCUGCUGGCCUCCGACUUCGGCGUGCCCACGAUUAUCGACUCGGGGACGACGAUUUCGAGGCUGGCGGGCCCGGUUUACGCGGCCCUGAGGGCCGAGCUGGUGAGGGUCAUAUCGAUGAGGUUUAAAUCGGCGGGGAGUUUUUCGAUCCUCGACGCGUGUUUCGUGGGGGGUUCGGAGGAGAUCGGGAGAGUAGUGCCGGCGGUGGUGUUGGUGUUUGGAGGUGGGGCGACGAUGAACUUGGCGGCACAUAACGUUCUUAUUGAGGUGGUGAAGGGGACGACUUGCUUGUCGUUGGCGGGGAAUUCGGGUCUGAGAGAUCUUGCUAUUAUCGGGAACCAGCAGCAGCAGGGGUUUGAUAUCGGGUACGAUGUGGGGAGUUCGAGGAUCGGGUUUGCGGCCGGCGGGUGUCGUUAG